AUGCCUGUCAAAAGCAACGGCUCCAAUGCGGGCGGUUCCAAAACUGGCGGCUCCAAUACAGGUGGCUCCAAUACAGGCAGUUCCAAUGCAGGCGGCUCCAAUGCGGGCGCUACCAUCAGCUAUCGGUUCACGUACACGACCUGUCCCCUCCACGAAUACAGCAAGAUCAGCGCCGUCGACGGCCGCGGCCCGAUCUGGUUCUGCGAGAAGUGCACCCGCGUCCACACCGUCGUCUGGCAGUGCACCUUGUGCGGCCACAACCCCUGCCCCAGCUGCCAGCACGACAGCCCGCAGGUGGACGGGAUCGAGGCGACCAACCGGACAAGGUACCGUUAG